AUGAAAAGUUCUUUCAAGCAACAACUUCAAAUAUUCAGUUUAGUGCUGGUCUUAAUGGCCUUAUCUAGCGGGAAUGGAUCUAUUAUUAGAUAGAAACUAGACCAGGUAAACAGUGUGAACUACGAUUACUCUUGUAUUGCAGCGCAAGAAGAGCAAUGCUUGCAGAAUGAUAUUGGUAUAAUGGGGGGUAAAGUUGUACUUGUAAACUUAGACGAUAGAUGCCAACUGAACAAAUUCGUAAGAGAGGGAAUCUUUAUUUAAACUGGAGACUAUAUCAUAGUAACAGGUAGACAAAGACCCUUAGCAGGCUAAUUUUGGGCUGAGCCAUGUUCUUGCUAUCAUGGAUUUGAUUCAAGUAUCGUCUUAAAGACCUAGGACUUCGAGGAUUGUGUGAUUGGAUUGCCUUGCUAUAACUAAGCAUUCUUUAUUCUCUAAGGUAUGAACAGUGGAUUCACAACCUUCAAACUAUCAUUUUCAUGGGGAGGAGAUUCUGUAAGAGAAGUUGAUUUGCCAAUCUAUGUCAAUCAGUAGCCUACUCUAGCAGCCAUUCAGCCAAGAUUUACUUGCGAUUCAAAGGAUGAAGUCUCUACACCUAGUCAGGAUCAUACUUAUUGA